GGCAUGCGCAGCGAGACUGCGGGCGCUUGGGGGCAGCCCUGGCGGGUCCUCAAAGCUUGACCGUAUUAGCUUUCAGUUUUCUCGCUGGUUUACGGAAAGGCAGCUUCAAGGAAAGGAGACAAGAUUCUGGCUCGGGAAGCGCGCGUUUGGAGAGAGCCCUCCGGCCUGCGGAAUCCGCGGUCUGAAACCGCGGAGACUGCCUUAGCCGCGGACAAAACCUCCUCCGACGGGUAGAGCGGACACCCUUCCGGAGGUGGGAGACGAGGGCCCGGCCUCCGAGAGCCCCUCUGAAGAAGAUGACCCAAGACCAACCUCUGCUUGCGGUGCAGGAGGCCCUGAAGCAGUGCUUCCCGGUGGUGGAGGAGCAGCAGGGCCUGUGGCAGAGCGCGCUAAGGGACUGCCAGCCCCUCCUGCUGUCCCUCAGCAACCUGGCAGAGCAGCUGCAGGCGGCCCAGAAUCUGCGGUUUGAGGACGUGCCACCACUUCGGGCCUUCCCAGACUUAAAGGAGCGGCUGAGGCGCAAGCAGCUGUGGGCUGGCGACACUGUCUUGGACAAGUUAGAGGAGAGGCUAAGCGCCCUCCUCAAGGUGCGUGACACCGUCAGCAGCCACGUGGAGCGAGUGCUUCAGACCUAUGAGCAGCAUGCAGACACGAUUGGCAUGGAUGGUGUCCUCCAGGCUUCGGUUGUGAGCCCUUCGGUGGCUGACAUGUUGGAAUGGUUGCAAGACAUUGAGAGACAUUAUCGAAAUUCUUACCUGAAGAGAAAGUGCCUCCUGUCCUCCAUCCAGUGGGGAGACUUGGCCAACAUCCAAGCUUUGCCCAAGGCCUGGGACCGGAUUUCAGAAGAUGAACACCAAACCCUUGUACAAGAUACCCUACUGAAUGUUUCCUUCUUCUUGGAAGAGUAAGGAAGUGGUGUGUUUAUCAGCAUACUAGUGAGACACGGUUGAAGGCUGAUACUGGUGCAUUCUGGUAUUUCUAAAGAAAUGUCAGUAUUGUAACCUAACAUACUUGAAAGAUUAGUGCCUGGGGCCGGAGGAGUAGCCCUUGGGAGGGUUGUGUUAGAUGUUUCUAAUGUUGCAGCCUCCCCCUGCUCUGUCAUGGUUGAAAGUACGUGGACGCCCCUUGCCCUUUUCUAGGCUCGGGAAUGGAUGAUGGAGGCAGAGAGAAUGCAGGAAAGGCAGUGCAAGAGAACACUGGGGGCAGGAGCCACAGCCACAGAUGUGGUAGGGAAGGAAAGGACGGGGGAGAGAGUGGCAUCCCUCUGAGCAUCAUCCAAAGCUCUGAGCUUGGUUGACACCCGGCCCUGUUAUGUGUAUUUGUAUCAGUACCCGAUUCCCUGACGCAAGAUGAUUCUUCUUGAUGAUUUAAAGAAAUAAGGGUGAUAUUGAUGGAAGACAGUACAGAUCUUCCUCGACCUAUAAUGGUGUUACAUCUUGAUAA